UAUUUAUUUUAUUUUCUUAAAAGCACCUUUAGAAAAUGAGAAACUGUUCCACUAGAGGAUUGGUAUGAGACACAGACUUCAGGAUGACACACAGAAUGCUGGAUUUCAUGGAAUCUGUCAUGUGACAACCAAUCUGAUGAGUAAGAUCAAGAGUCUUUGAAAGUAGACGAUACACAUAAGGAAAUAGGCAAGAGACAAAAGGUGACUCAGGAAGAUACUGGAUAAACCAUACAUACUCAGAGAAAGGAAAACAUGCACUCUAUCUAACUUUUAUGUAGAUUCUCCCACAAUUAGCUAAUCUUGUAAUUACUUCUCUGUGAACAUAAACAAUAACAAGGAAAUAAUCUUUAACAUGGUGUCAGCAGGUGGGUAUAAAAGUAGACAUGGAAUUAGGAGACUACCACAUUUGGGAAACUCAUUCUCUUAGAAACCCACCCAGAACCUCCACCCUCUGACACCAUGGUCAACUCCUGUUCUGGCUCCGUCUGCUCUGAUCAGGGCUGUGGUGAAGGUCUCUGCCAGGAGACCUGCUGCCAGCCCAGCUGCUGCCAGACCACCUGUUGCAGAACCACCUGCUGCCGCCCUAGCAGCUGUGGGUCAAGCUGCUGCAGGCCCAGCUGCUGCAGGCCCCAGUGUUGCCAGACCACCUGUUGCCGCCCCAGCUGCUGUGUGUCCAGUUGCUGCCACCCCAGCAGCUGUGGGUCCAGCUGCUGCAGGCCCCAGUGUUGCCAGACCACCUGCUCUAGGACCACCUGCUGCCGCCCCAGCUGCUGUGUGUCCAGCUGCUGCCGCCCCAGCAGCUGUGGGUCCAGCUGCUGCAGGCCCCAGUGUUGCCAGACCACCUGCUGUAGGACCACCUGCUGCCACCCCAGCAGCUGUGGGUCCAGCUGCUGUAGGCCCCAGUGUUGCCAGACCACCUGCUGCCGCCCCACCUGCUGUGUGUCCAGCUGCUGCCGCCCCCACUGCUGCAGACCCCAGUGUUGCCAGACCACCUGCUGCAGGACCACCUGCUACCGCCCCAGCUCCUGUGGAUCCUCUUGUUGAACCUUGUAUCUGACUACCAGCCAUGAGUUAGCCAUCAUCACAGAGCCUGACCACCAGCUUUAUCAUCCCCCUGUCCAGUAAGAAACUGGCAUAAGGACAUCCUUCUACAUUAAAAACCACUAAUAUCUCCCAUAGAUCCCUUCAUUAUAUCCCAGCCUCAGAUAUAUGAUGCAAUUAGAUGAAGCCCCAGUUAUUCUUGGCAUUCAUAAUCAUGUGUUAACUAUUCUUCAAUAAAAAUAACUUCAAUAUCAUAA